CUGUGCUUGUAUGAACAAUGUUCCGCGAGACCGUGGCGUGAACUGGAUGUACACGCUUGCGUAUUUUUAUUUUUUAUUUUAUUUUAUUUUACUCUUUGGUUACUGACUCAUUGUGGAUAUUGAGCCAAAACUACCGGAUACGGUGAUUGACAGAGUCGAAAGCCUUGGCCAGGUCGAUGAAGACUGCUGCACAGUACUGUCUGUAAUCGAUGGCGGUUAUGAUAUCUCUGGAGAGACCUGAAAAUAGAUGUCCAGCGAAGUUCCCCAUCCAACCUUAGAGCUUGAGAGGAUCUGCAGAAAAGAAUGGGAAACUCCCCAAAUGCAGGUGUGCCAAGUUUGUAGCAGCAUACCCAAGAAGACUCUAGGCUGUAAUCUCUGCCAAAGGUGCUUCAACAAAGUACUGAGUAAAGGGACUGUGAUAUGGACUUGUGAGGAAUGAGAUGGCAAAACCUUAUGGAUGUCUUGUUACACCCAAUUUUUUACAAAGAGCACUUUUGAUGUACAGUCAUUCAAUACUGAUUUUAACCAUGUCUUAUCUUAUAAUCUUCUGUAGGACUGUGAUAUGGACUUGUGAGGAAUGAGAUGGCAAAACCUUAUGGAUGUCUUGUUGCAUUACAAAAGCAUUGAUGGCAGCUUGAAAAUCUUAGUGGACAAAACAGAAAAGGCCUUGGAGGACUUCCCCUGUCGUGUUUUGCCUGUAUUUACACCAUGGUUCCCACCUGAAAGUGACAAAUUGCUGCCAAUUAGACCCUUAAAGUCACCGCCGAUAAUUUCUCUGGAGGAUUUGGAAAAUAUCCAAACACAUCUGCAGUCUGCUGAGCCAUUACUAACAUCCCAUCCCUGUGCUGAAAGCAUUCAGAACUUGGCUCUAACCAGUUUGGGGAGAUCCACCUUGCAUGUACAGGCAUGCUCUGAGUUUGGAACAUCAGCACAGCAUAAAGAUACUCUCCAUAGUGAGAGGGAAGUGAAAAGAUCAUGGAGUGUUUUUUCACAGAGAGGUUUAUACAUUCACAACACUCAAACAUUCUCCAAACAAUUCCACAAGGUUGUUUGGAGGCACGGACUUCACAUGCGCCAGAGAGCAAAAUGGGUUAUUGACAAACUGAACUUUGUCACUGGAGACAUAGAACAUACAUGGAGAGGACUGAACCGGGCCAUCAGGAACUCCAUGCUUCCAACUUGCAAUGCCAACAUUCAGAGGGAUCUGACACAAAUCUGUGUGUUUUGCGAUGUAUUAUACUGUGAAUAUGUUGGAAAUUAUUUAAAGGAAGAAUUUCAAGUCACUGGACAGAUCACUUUAUUUGUUCAUAGACUUGGAGACAUUUUCACUUUAUAGAAAUUAGUGAUGGUCAGAAUUUGAUCCGUGUGUCACUGCCAUCUAUUUUGUUAACUGUAGUAGGCAGGUUUCCAUUGACUCAGGUGUAUUCAAUUUUAAAGCAAUGUCGCAAAAUAAAUGAGACGUGUGUAAUGGAAACAGCAGAUAGGAGACAUUUUUUUAAAGAUCAACAUUUUUCACCAUUUGACAGGGGUGGAUUAUUCUUCUGUCAAACUUUUGUUAUUGCGGAAAAUGAUGCUGGAAACUGUUUUUCGAAUAAAUUAUGAUUGCUAAAUCA